AUGGCUCUCGCACUCGACAUCUCAAACGCCCAAUCCACCUCCUUCGCACCCUCAGACUCAGACCUCCCAUCCACCGUCGGACGCUCCUGCUCAGCCCCAAAUAACCACCUCGACACCCUCUCCCACAAAUUCAUAUCCGACUGCGAUCCUAAAUCGUUCUGCUCCUCCGCCACGAACGGGACCUGUCAGCCACGAGUCUGCCGCCGCGACGAAUUCGCAUACGGAUAUCUCCCUGAUGAAGUCGUUCCGAGCCUGUGUCCUGAGGGUGCGUUCUGUCCGGAUGAUGGGAGUGGAUGCGUGGGGCAGAGAGAGGUGGGAGGGGAGUGUGAGAUGGGGAGGGAUGAGCAGUGUGUUGCGAUGGAAGGGUGGGAUAGCGAGGGUGCAGGGCUUGGCGAUAGGAUGAAUGUGAAUGGGAGUGUUUGUUUGAAGGGUGUUUGCGCAUACGCGAACGUAGGCAUCAACCAGCCCUGCACCUCCGAAGUCAUUUCGCACGAAUAUAAAACACACGACGGAGAACACUACGUCAACGUAAUCGCGCGGGAUAAUUGUCUCACUGCGAGUUUGUUCUGUAGUAAUGAUACGGCGACGUGUCAACCGGUUAGGAUGGUGGGUGAGACGUGCAGGUUUCAUAGGGAUUGCCAGAGCGUGAGUCCCUCCCCUUUCUCCAACUAUUUGUGCUUGCAGGGAUCCUGCCAGAGCCCGCCGAAUGCGCCGUAUACCAUGGCAGGGUGGCAGUAUGCUGUCACAGCCAUUUCUAUCAUCGCAGCGAUGGCAACCAUCUGCGUGAUGCUCACCCUCAUGCACAAACGGCACAGACUGAAGAACUUCCAGGAGACGAGGGAUUAUUGUUACGAACAGAUCACGCUCCGGAGGUCUAUCAUGGAGAUGAACGGACGGUAUGACCGUCUUCGACUUCGAAAAUAA